AGUAGACGUAUCCUACGCAUGUAACGAGAGUUGGUUCACCGAUUUGAUUUCAAAUAUAAUUUCUUAUCCAGGCAAAGGAACUGAAUGAACUGGAUCACCCUGUAUAUUUAAUACGCUUGCACUGGUCUGACAUUCUUAUAGGGAGUGUACUAGUUAUACCUUGGGUACCAAGGCUAAAACUCACGGUAUAAAACGAAAUUCCCUCAAGAGGGGGGAGCAUAAGUUCAGUUUACCUUUAAAGGUAAACUAUAACACUACAUCUUUCGAUAAAUAUUUUCCUGAUUUUUGAAUUUGGUCAGUGGGAAGGAUGAUUUUCAGAUACUUGAUACCAAGUCUCUGCUUCAUAGCAUCUACGGUAGUAUCCCAGGGUUACCAGGGUGAUCCAAGGACUGCAGCAAUUAUAGCUGAAGAUAGGUACCUCCAAGCUGACGGAAGAUUUGGAGCACAGUAUCAACAAGAAGAUGGAGUUAAUUUCAAGGAGGAGAGCAGUCCUGAUGGUACACGGACUGGAUCUUAUAGCUAUGUAGAUCCCAAUGGUCAAAGGCACACAGUCUCCUACACAGCAGGCAAACAUGGCUUCAUGGCUACAGGAGACGGCAUUCCUCAACCUGUUCCCACUACCCUCCCUGUAGCACCUCAACCAAACUACACUCCCUUACCCCAAUACAACCCUCCAGAAUAUUCACAGCCUAGAGCUCAAUACCAACCUCAGUAUCAACCGACUCCAGCACCACAGCCUCAAUACCAACCUCAACCUCAAUAUCAGUCUCAACCUCAAUAUCAACCGCAGCCUCAAUACCAACCUCAACCUCAAUACCAACCUCAACCUCAGUACCAACCCCAACCUCAGUAUGAGCCUACCACACCACCACCGCACAGGUUCUACCCUCCAGGAAAGCUGUCUUUGAAUAGAUCACCAGAUGGUUUUCAGUUCAACUUCAGAAAAGCUUAAAAGUAAAUAUUAGAAAUUUUAGGUGCUUUUCCAAUUUUUUGAAUACUGUCGGAAAAUACAGGGGUUUUUGGAGUGUAAUCGUGCUAUAGCUUUGUUAAUAAUAAUAAUAAAACGUAUUUGAAAGAGCUGUUUACAAGAAUUAUUGAUAAAUAUAAUGUAUACUGGAAAUAUAUUUAUAAAUAUAUACUUGGAAAAUAGACUUUCUGCAAGGUGAUUCACAACUACGUGCCGACAAACAUAUGCAUUUUUUACACAUUCUGAGAGGCUCCUUCGAAGGGAGAUGCUUGAUGGAGCAUUCUAUAAGGUUUGAAUCCCCACUCCUCUACGGGGUGUUUUGCCAGAAAAAACGAACAAGGUUGUUUCUUAUGACGACAUAAAUAUCUCGUAAACAAGUUUUUUAACAGACAAAAUAUUCCCUGACUUCAUAGGUUCUAAUCCAAAACCGACAAAUCAAACUUCUUCAUUUAUUUAUGUUGCCACGUAGUUAUAAAUCUUACCCUGUAGAGUUCGGAUAUUUUUCGAGUAAUGAGUGUACUACAAUUUUGUAGCUGACUUUUUUUGGAUAUCUUUCAAAGUAAAGAAGCUAUCGAUAUCGACGAAUUACAAACUAAAAACACCUGUAUAUUUUUGUAGUCUAUUUCUUUCUGCCUUGUGGAAUUUAUGUUUCUGAUUGUUAAGUUGUCUUUGAAAUUCAUGUCUUUUCUAAUAUUUCCAUUUACUGUUCCUUAUUAACGGUGAUAAAAACAAUUUAGGAUAAAAAUGUUCUCUUCAAAUAAACCUUUCGCAAAAUUCAAAGGUAUGCCUGUGAUUUUGUAAGAGGCUCUAAAAGCUUAAAAUCAAAUCUAGCAAUGAUUACAAAGAUUGUCAUUAGCCUAUUUUAUUUUUAACGCACUUUCAUUUUCAAACUAUCUGAAGCUUAAAGAAAGCAGAAUUGACAUGACACACAUGACUCAUUGUUGGAUUUGAAGAUUGUGCAGAUGGUUUCUCCUAUCUUGUUUAUUGUGUUAUUUAUGUAAAUUAUGAAAAACUGUUUUUUGUAUUUUUGUGAUAAAUAAAAAGUUAACAUAACGUA